AUGUGCUUUGGGCUGCGAGCAUUCCUCACCGCACGUUCAAAAUGUGGGCGGCUGCGAUGGCGUGUCGGGCGUAGCCUUGUGUAUGGCUGGGCUGCGCGGCAUUUUAUUGUGGGCAGGGCACACCGUGCGCUUCUCUGGAGGCGCAGUGGGUGCCUGCCGUUGGCAGGGCAACUUGUGGAAGGCGGCGGCGGACGUUUCCCCACCGCGGCGCUCGCGCGGGAUGAUAGGCUGCGUCUGGGCUUCAGUCUGUGUCCUCGUGCUCUGAGCGUAGUGCAGUGGCCGGUGUUCUUUCUUUCUUUACUUUUUUGUUUUCUCUGCCCCUUCGCUGACAACCGCGCCAGUGCCGUGGGCGCGCCCUGCGCAUGCGUCUCUGGAACUGCACCUGUUGGGCUGGGCUUUGCCGCAAUCCAGGCGAGGGCUGGCGGAUGCCGCUAG